AGUUGGUGAAUUGUUCGAGCAAAGAUCUUCUUUAGCGAGUUUUUGAUCAAGUCACUGUGACUCGGAUCUCCGGGGUUCUUCAUCCCGUCACACUCCGAUUUCACCUACUGAAUCUUGUUUUUCACUUGUAAAAGAUGCCUCUCAGACUCGAAAUUAAGAGAAAACUUGCUCAAAGAUCGGAGAGAGUGAAAUCUGUGGAUUUACAUCCAACGGAGCCAUGGAUUUUGGCGAGUUUGUAUUCAGGGACUGUUUGCAUUUGGAACUACCAGACUCAGACUAUGGCAAAAUCUUUUGAGGUCACUGAAUUACCAGUUAGGUCAGCGAGGUUUAUAGCUCGCAAGCAGUGGGUUGUUGCUGGUGCAGAUGACAUGUUUAUUCGAGUCUACAAUUACAAUACAAUGGAUAAAGUCAAAGUAUUUGAGGCGCACACAGAUUAUAUUAGGUGUGUUUCUGUCCAUCCUACCCUGCCGUAUGUGCUAUCAUCUUCUGAUGACAUGCUUAUUAAGCUUUGGGACUGGGAGAAGGGCUGGGUGUGUACUCAAAUUUUUGAGGGUCACUCCCAUUAUGUGAUGCAAGUGACCUUUAAUCCAAAAGAUACCAAUACCUUUGCAAGUGCAUCUCUGGAUCGCACUAUAAAGAUUUGGAAUCUUGGCUCUCCUGACCCAAACUUCACAUUGGAUGCCCACUUGAAAGGGGUGAAUUGCGUAGACUACUUCACGGGUGGUGAUAAACCUUAUCUAAUCACGGGUUCUGAUGAUCACACUGCUAAGGUGUGGGAUUAUCAAACCAAAAGUUGCGUCCAGACGCUAGAAGGCCACACACACAAUGUUUCCGCUGUUUGUUUUCAUCCUGAUCUUCCCAUAAUAAUUACGGGUUCUGAAGAUGGUACUGUACGCAUAUGGCAUGCAACCACUUAUAGACUUGAGAACACAUUGAACUAUGGUCUUGAAAGAGUCUGGGCUAUUGGAUACAUGAAAGGUUCACGAAGGGUUGUAAUUGGCUAUGACGAAGGAACAAUUAUGGUGAAAAUUGGUAGAGAGGUACCCGUAGCCAGUAUGGACAAUAGUGGAAAAAUUAUAUGGGCUAAGCAUAAUGAAAUUCAGACAGUUAACAUUAAGAGUGUGGGAGCAGAUUAUGAGCUCACUGAUGGAGAAAGAUUGCCUCUGGCAGUUAAAGAGUUGGGAACCUGUGAUCUAUAUCCACAAAGUUUGAAGCAUAACCCCAAUGGGAGGUUUGUUGUCGUUUGUGGAGAUGGUGAAUACAUAAUAUACACAGCUUUGGCUUGGAGAAAUAGGUCCUUUGGCUCAGCAUUGGAAUUUGCUUGGUCUUCAGAUGGUGAAUAUGCUGUCAGAGAGAGUACUUCAAAGAUUAAGAUCUUUAGUAAAAAUUUCCAGGAAAAGAAGAGCAUCCGACCAACAUUUUCUGCUGAGCAUGUAUACGGUGGAACUUUAUUGGCAAUGUGCUCAAAUGAUUUCAUUUGUUUUUAUGACUGGGCUGACUGCAGGUUGGUUCGACGGAUUGACGUUAAUGUCAAAAACCUCUACUGGGCUGAUAGCGGUGAUUUGGUAGCCAUUGCCAGUGAUACAUCGUUCUACAUACUAAAAUACAAUCGCGAUGUAGUUUCUGCGCAUCUAGACAGUGGAAGAUCAGUUGACGAACAAGGUGUUGAAGAUGCCUUUGAGCUUCUUUAUGAAAUAAAUGAAAGAGUCAGGACUGGGAUAUGGGUUGGUGAUUGUUUCAUUUACAACAACUCUUCCUGGAGACUUAAUUACUGUGUUGGUGGUGAGGUAACCACAAUGUUUCAUUUGGACCGGCCUAUGUACCUGCUGGGAUAUCUAGCCAAUCAAAGUAGGGUGUAUCUCAUUGACAAAGAGUUCAAUGUUAUGGGAUAUACAUUACUUCUUAGCUUGAUCGAGUAUAAGACACUUGUGAUGCGUGGUGACCUGGAACGGGCGAAUGAGGUUUUAUCCUCAAUUGCUAAGGAGCAGCAUAAUAGUGUGGCUCGUUUCUUGGAAUCACGAGGAAUGAUAGAGGAUGCAUUGGAGGUUGCAACUGAUCCCGACUACAGAUUUGAGCUAGCCAUACAGCUGGGUAGACUAGAGAUUGCAAAGGACAUUGCCUCAGUAGCAGAGAGUGAGUCCAAAUGGAAGCAGUUGGGUGAAUUGGCCAUUUCCACUGGAAGGUUGGAGAUGGCAGAGGAAUGUUUAAAGCAUGCGAAUGACUUGAGUGGUUUGUUAUUACUGUAUUCUUCUCUUGGAGAUGCUGAAGGAAUAUCAGAACUUGCAUCCAUUGCCAAAGAGAAUGGAAAAAACAAUGUUGCAUUCCUGUGUCUAUUUAUGUUGGGUAAAUUGGAAGAUUGUCUGCAGCUACUGGUUGAUAGCAAUCGGAUACCUGAGGCUGCUUUGAUGGCUCGAUCUUAUCUUCCAAGCAAGGUUUCAGAAAUAGUUGCAAUUUGGAGAAAAGACCUCAAUAAGGUCAAUCAGAAAGCUUCAGAAUCUUUGGCUGAUCCAGAAGAGUAUCCUAAUUUGUUUGAGGACUGGCAAGUUGCACUUGCCGUCGAAUCAAAAGUUGCAGAGACAAGGGGUACUUAUCUGCCGGCAGAGGAGUAUGUAAACUACGCCAAUAGGUCGAAUGUAAACCUUGUGGAGACUUUCAGAAACAUGAGAAUGAAUGAAGAUGAGCCACUUGAAAAUGGGAAGUUGGAUUAUGAGGUUGCAGAACAGAAUGGAGAUGAGGGUCAAGAAUAUGGUCAGGAAGAGGUGCAAGAAGAGGCUGUUGUGGUGGAUACUGAUUCUACAGAUGGUGGUGCAGUGCUCGUCAACGGUAAUGAGGCUGAUGAAGAGUGGGGUACGAAUAACGAAGGAAAUCCGUCAGCCUAA